AUGAAUCAACGAAUCAAUCGAUAUGAUCUUUACUGGGAUCGUGAUUCUAGCCUCGUAAAGAAGCAAUAUCCUCAUAUUGUGUACAAGACAGGCAUUCGAUCCAUAGGGUGUGUUUGUGCAUAUGGUAAAAGCUUGUUGCAAGGAGUUUUGUCUAGUAAAAUGCUGUUCCUUUCUAGACAGCUUAAAGCCCCAUGUAUUACUUGUUUCACACUAGAAGCACCAUUCUUUGUUUCAGGUCACGCAAGAUCACACCCAAAGACUUUUGUCCUGUUUAUGAGCGCCCAUCGUCUAUAUAAUAGGAUUUAA